GGAUCCUGGCGGUUCCCAUGGAUGCUGAGCCAGCCAAAAUUCAAGCGACUGGUGGCGCGGGAAGCGAGCUUUACCACCAAGAGCAAGGACUUGGUGCGAUUUCUUUUGACGGGCGGCAACUUGGAGGUCUCCAUCAAUGGCACCUUCGGCAAGACUCUUCAAGUACUUCGGGUCGAUGGUGAUCAUUCAGGUCGAGUGUCGGAUCAGGACGACUGGGUCGCUGUUGUGCCCGCGGCAUUUCUGAAAAUCAUCGAGAAGAUCUCGCGAUUGGCCACUGCUGCGGAGGUGCCGGUCUUCAGUUUCCAUGGUUCCUGCGCUUCAGAGGCCUUUGCGCUGGUGCAGCUGCAAAGUCAUGGCCAGCUGCGAAUUUCCUGGGAGAGUAGCAGAUGUGAGAUGACCAGAUUGCCCAGUAAGCAUGCCCUUCCUCAGAUCGAAAAGAUUGCGCAGUGGCUGGCGAACAAGCACUUCAUCCUUGCAGUCGAGGACACUUCUGCAAGCGAAGUUCACCUUCAAAGUCUCAAGGCCCUUGCAGACGUGGCGUACGGCGUAUCUCUGGCGGUGCCUCGCGGUGCCCAAGGCUACGCCUUGGCGCUGUGCUUGGCUCAGAUCUUGGAGCUUCAACGUCCACUGCUCUUGGUGGGCUCUGACCAGACCGCGACCCCGGCAGUUGCGAAGGCGUUCCAAGUGGCGCAGGCUUCAGGACCCCAUUGCGUUUGGGCGUGUCCUCCUGAUACUGCGCAUGACGCCUUGGUCCUGCUGGAGGAGCUGCUGCAGGCAUAUCGCGCGGCCAGACCCUUCGUGCACAGCUUGAUUGGUGGCUUCGGGGUUUUGGAGGCCGACCUCAGAGAGGCGUUGGAGAGUGCGGUCGACUUCUUGCAGUCUGCUGAGG